AUGCAGCAAGGGCCUGCUGAGGCUCUCUUUCCUGAAGGGGGAUGCCUUACAAGCACUGGGGCCCCCGCCUUCGGUCUGUGUGAGGCGCAUGCCAAACCCGUGGCUUUCGUCCUCCUCAGAGGCUUCCACGGCGACAGAAAAAUCUGGAGCGCUGCAUUCACGGACAGGCUCAGAGCAGCCCUCCUCAGAACUCCGAUCGAAAAAGCAGCAGCAGCAGCGGAGCACGCUCAGCAAGGUGGCAGCAGCCCGCAGGAUCAGCACAUUCAACAGGAUCAGCACCAGGAUAAUAAUGAGCAAGACCAACAGCAACAACAGCAGGAGAAAAUUUUCUUGCCUUUUCCCGAACUCUGUCAGGUCCAGCUAGCCCUAGGCUCUAGAGAGUGCUACGAUUCGUUGAAGGCCGCUGUCGAAGCAACAACCGCCGAGUCUGUAUUGCCUUCCUUCAGGCGCUAUCUGAGCCUGCAUGCAGAGCCACCCCCCAUUCUGCCCCUCUUCCUGGGGGGCCCCCGACCUCCUGUGCCCUUCCUUCUCCCUCAGCCGACGAAUGCACCGGGAAGGGGUCCUUUUUCGCGCUUGCUCCGCUUCUCAGACUGCUUUGCCGCUUCGAUUGGUGCUGCGACUGCUACAGGUGAUACUCUUCGGGCUGUCUUGAGGGAAGGCGUCAUCAGAGUGGGGCUGCUUGAAACUCGUUUCCUGCCUUCCUCCGUACGCCAUCUCCCAAUCCCGGAGAGUCAGCAGGAGGAGGCUCUGCAGCUCCAGACGAGGCCUGCUGGCGUCUCUUUUCGCGUUUUAGAGGUGGCAAUCUCAUUGUUGUCGUACAACUAUGAACGUCUCCUGCCCGCGGGGGCCCCCCUGCGCCUCGAAUAUCUUCUCUACAGCAACAGGGCCGCUCUCUUUGCCGCUCUCCUCGAGGGGUCCAUCCACCUGACGGAGCCGGCUUUGGCAUAUUCAAACAUGCAGACAACCAGCGGAGGCUUCGCGUCCCUCCGACUGCACGCAGCACUCGCCCCUUCCGAAGACGAGAUCGGCGCGGAAGCUGCCCAACAGUGGGAGCCUUUCUGGCACAAGCAGAAACGCAAACAGCAGGCCCAAGACGAGCAGAGCUCUUUGGCGUGCGUCGAUUCGUAUGGCCCUCUGGUGUGGGGUUCUUCACACUUUUUCUCGGCCGUCUCGGCAGGCACCCCAUGGGCAGCAGCGCCUAUCCUCCUAAGCACGCAAAAGGCCCUACGGGUACAGCGUGUGAGCGAUCUUGGAAUCGUGCUCAUGAGGUGGGGUAUUCGGGCUCCUUUGGUUCUUCUUGAGGCAGCGCUCCCCGAAAUUGCGGAUAUCGCACUUAGCAGUCUACCGCCACAAACCGUUUUCGGUCUGGUAGACAUGACACCGUCCGAAGGGACCCUGCCCGAUCCUGCUGCAUCUCCAAAGCCCAUCGCGAGCGUCUCGCAUCACGCCUUCAAUGCAACGGGUAGGGGGGAAGGACGCGCGCAGGAGGGGCCCCUCUAUGGGCCUGGCCGUGAGGCUUCCCAGGAAGAGGCGGGGAACGGUGUCGUGGAUGCCAGCGUCCCCAUGCAGGGGCAUAAAGGCGGGAGCUUCAGGGAGAAAGUAGAAGACGGCGCACAGGUUGGAGGCGGGAAAAGCGUCUUCUCCUCCGAAGCCCAGUUCAGUAUCCCGGGGGCUUCUGUGCUGCAGGGGGGAGUUUAUCUGCUGUCUUUGUCGCAGGCUCUGCACGCCAUUCAUGAGGGGGUGGCUGCAGGGCUGUUGCAUGCAACGCCUUUGGGAGAGCUGCUGCAAGGCUUCAAAGAUGCUAAAGUCCCUCCGGGGUCCCCGACCCCCACCGUGGCGAAGGCUCUCCCCUGGCUCCUGGAGGUAGACGCAGAUCUUACUCUCCCCCUCACUUCCUUCUUCAGAAAGCCGGAAGGAUCGCAAUGCCUCCGCAGGGAUCGGCAGGAGGAAUUCGCGUCACUUGUCGCAGCGGCGGCGGAAGCAGCAGGAGACACGCGGAGGCUCUUUUUGAUUCCCGACGAUGAGCUUUGA